AUUGGGUAACAGCAAAAGCCUCAAGGCUCCCCUCGUAUCGAGGUAUCGAUUGUCUUUUCAUAUUAUCGAUACAUUCAUUCAUCUAUUCAUCACGUUCGUUGUUUCAUUCAUACAGUACUCCGUACAUACACACUCUUUUUUUUUGGUUGGCUUGUUGGCACUUCUGUACACAUUCUCACUCUUUUGGCUUCUGUUUGGUUUCCUUGACGCACACAACCACCGAUCCUCUUUUUUCUUUCUUUUUUUGCCUCUGAUACAAGAGGCGUCCACUCAUUUGGUUCACCCCGACGAGACCACGGUACUGGUCUUUUAAACCAUCGCCCAACACGGCUUCCGCAGUUGCACCGCCGCUCUUUCGAGCCUCUGCCAUCGAUUCUACCUACCGACCGCCAUCGACACCAUUGAAGGAAGCAGGAUUGGACGAGUACAGCAGCACGAGUAGAAGAGAAGGGGAAAGGCCACAUUCGCCUCUGCCGCAGUCUGCUUAUUACGGGAAGGACAUCUCACGACCAUCGUCCACGACACUACCGAAUUCGAGCCACCUCUUCCUACACGAUCCUCAAUUCCACACACGCAGCGCCAGUCUGAGUCUGGGACGAGGCUACCAUUCAGAGCCACGGCCGAAUCUACCUGGGCUUUCGUCACUGACAUCGCUGGCAAAUGGGCCACCGUUGAGGUCAUUCUCGGGCAGUCAUGGAUCACCACUGGCUCAUUAUGGCCUGAUGCCCCCGGUGCCAACACCAGGAAUUGCAGGGAUGGCAGGAAGCGCACCGCCAGUAUGUCAGAACUGCCAGACUUCCACCACUCCUCUAUGGCGACGCGACGAAGCCGGUUCGGUCCUGUGCAAUGCCUGCGGACUUUUCCUCAAGUUGCACGGCCGUCCCCGUCCAAUCAGUCUGAAGACGGAUGUAAUCAAGAGUCGCAACAGGGUCAAGACGACCACUGCGCUGCCCAAGAAGAAGUACGAAAAUGGUGCCUCUGCGCCCAUCACUGAAGUAUCCGCCCCCAAUGGCUUCAGUCUACACCGCCGUGUCUCACAGAUGGCCACAACUGCACCUUCGGACCGAUCACACUCCCCCGUCUCACGGACAGGUACACCAGGAGCUCAGCACGACCCCAACAUUGCUCCUCAGCACAUGUUCGAUGGCGCCUCUGCUGCGGCCGACCACAGCAAUGCAUCCCCUAUUCUCCCCGGCGUCCACUCACUCAGCCAACCGUCCCCCAGCGCAGCUGCAUUGACCGCGGACCGCUCCGAGUCGAUGACUUACGAACAACUCGUCGCCGUCAACACCAACCUGCGCACGCGCGUGUCGGAGCUAGAAGUCAUCAAUGGCUUCUACUCGGACAACGAGAACAAUCUGCGUCGCGAGCGCGACAGUGCCGUUCGAGAGCGGGAUGACCUGAAACGAAAAGUAGAAGAGUUGGAAAGGCAGCUACAGGAACGCGAUGAGGCAGACCAUCCUGCAAAGAAGCCACGGCUAUCGCAAGAACCGCAGCAAUGAUUCGGGUCAUGACAUGCUGGAGAAUUCCUAGCUCCAUCACAGUACAUAUUACGCACACACCAUGCACAUCGUCCACCUACGUACUGAGGGCGCGCCCUCAACCUCACACCAAAGGGAGGGACUCGGCUGCUCUUUUACUCUCCAUGUUGUCACCGACAUAUCGAUUGAUACCCACACAUGCACACGCACAGAACAACAUAAAUUAUGAAAGGAAACAACCCUCUACGAUUGGCGCCAAAAGGUUUCGGGAAAUGUUUUUGGCCUAGCGUUGCCAGGUAAUCGCGAUGCAGUAAUGUGGCUAUCGCUGGCUGGGUGGGCUGGCUUGACGGCGUUUUGGUCGGUUCUUCGUUUCAUGGUGGAUUCUCUAUUGGAGGAAGAAGUACGGAGUACGGAGCACGGAGUGAUAAUGAACAUCGCGAGAAUACACAACCUCUCCGUCCACCUUUGCCAGAAGGUAGUUUUCCUAUUUUUCUUUCAAUGCCUUGGAAUUCUUUUUUGUUUUUAAUGUGCAGAUCUAAUGGUGAGGUCAACCCAAGACCGCGGCCACGUUGGAUUGUCGAGAUGGGUCUAACUUUGGAAUCCGAAGGAAUAUGGGACGAAGUUCUGGAGAAAAAGAGUUGAUACGAUUGCCGAAUGAUUUGCUUCAAAGGGGCAGGCAACCUUGCCAGGAGGGGGGUUCUUGGAAACAGGGAGGUUAAUUGUAAAUCGGUGUAUCUACUCCUGAUGAUCAAGCCACUGAUGGAUUGAUUGAAAAUGUUGACAACUUUGAACAAC